UUCUGCACAGCCCCCUGUCCCUAACCACUGGAUCUGCAAUCAAACCCGGGCUGCAUUUGCACCACUGACAGCAUCAUCUGGAAUUACAUUACUUCAUUUAUUAUAUACCUAUUUUGCGACCUCGGAGAUAGACAGGGAGAGAGAAAACCAGAGAGAAAAUUGAAAUCAUGUCUGUGGCAUUUGCAUCAGCUCGCCAGCGGGGGAAAGGGGAGGUCACCCAAGCCACCAUUCAAAAGAUGUUGGAUGAAAACAAUCAUUUGAUACAAUGUAUCAUGGAUUACCAGAGUAAAGGCAAAACUGCAGAAUGUUCUCAAUACCAACAAAUGCUGCACAGAAAUUUGGUUUACCUGGCAACAAUAGCAGAUUCCAACCAAAAUAUGCAGUCGUUGCUACCUGCUCCACCUUCCCAAAACCUGACAAUGGGACCUGGAGGAAUGAAUCUUUCUGGAUCAAAUCAAGCUUUACACUCACAGAAUGUUCCCAGUGACACCAUGGGAGGAGGUAUACCCCCUUCUCCAUUAAUGCAGAGCCAGAUGAGCAAUGGUCCGUCUCAUGUUUCAGUGCAGCAGUCAGGGCCAGCAGCAAUACCGAGCUCUUCAAUGACCAUGCCUGUAAAUAACCAUGGAAGUGCAGGCGCUUAUAGUCACUCUGUCCCCUCAUCACAAAGCAUGCAGAUGCAGAGUCAGGGCCAGUCAAUGGCAAACUAUGGAUCUCGGACAAACAUGAGCAUGCAAACUGGUCAAGUUCCCAUGAUGCACCAGCAAGCCGCGACCUCACAUUACAGUACCCCGCAAGGAAGUGGUCAACAUUACCAAGGGCCAUCAGCCAUGGGGAUGAUGGGACAAAGUAACCAAGGCAACAACAUAAUGGGGCAAAGGCCAAUGGGGCCAUAUAGGUCAUCACAACAAGGUUCUUCUCAGCAAUACAUUGGACAGGAAGAUUACUAUGGUGAGCAAUAUGGACAUGGCCAAGGACCCACAGAUUCCAUUAAUCAACAAUAUUACCCUGAUGGCCAUGGUGAAUAUGCAUAUCAGCAAUCAUCAUAUGCAGAACAAGGUUAUGAGAGGUCGUUUGAGGAAUCCUCACAGCAUUACUAUGAAGGAGGAAAUUCCCAGUAUACCCAACAGCAGACAGCUUACCAGCAGGGACCAACCCAGCAGCAAACUUACUCCCAACAGCAAUACCCCACCCAGCAGAGCUACCCAGGCCAACAACAAGGAUAUGGUCCAUCCCAGGGAGCUGCUUCUCAGUAUCCAGGUUACCAACAGGGACAGGGACAGCAAUAUGGAAGCUACAGAACUGCUCAACCAGGGCCCUCAGCUCAGCAACAGAGGCCUUAUGGAUAUGAACAGUGCAACAAUCCAGCUGAGGUGCUAGACGUGAGUGUGGGACUGCAAAUCAACACUGCCAGCACCAUGACUUCAAAUCAGAAACGGGCCUCUGGCACAGCUUUGGAGGUACUGCAUACAGGCACAGUACGGAAACUACCAGCAAUAGGAAACAGUUGAUUGCCAUCUCUGAAACAGUCAUGUAUGCACAACAUCCUUCAUUGAUUUUUACAGACUAAAAUGAAGCAUGGACUGUCAUAUUUCAUUUUUGAGAGGUAGCUCAAAGCAGCUUCUGGAUGUUGUAGAAAUUUUCAUUCUUUUCAUGGUGAAUAGUAACAUUGCACUACCGAUGACAAGCCAAUGCGUAUUAGUUUUAGACUUGGUGCUGUGAAUAUUGUACGUUUUAAACUGUUGCACUGUUGUACAACUGCAUCUGUUUGUUAAUAGGAUUGCAACCUAAUACUAGUGCACUUCCACCAUGGAAACACAAGAUGGUUGGUUUUAUAAGUUAUGGGUGCUCUCUAAAGCAGUGAAUUGCCCUGUGGAUUAACGCACCUGUGUGUUUAUACUAAACUUUGCACUAAGUUUUUUUUUCUUCCAUAUUAAAUGCAGCAACCAAGUAUCGGAUAACGGUCACUAAAAUUUCACUUGUGUUUUCAUUAAGGUCGAAUGGGAAUGCAAUAUGUAAAGUUGCAUAUUGAGGAAGUAUGUUGUCACCUGACCCUAAAGCAUAGGUAAAUUACAUCCAAGUGAGGAUUUAAUUGUCAGA